AUGGCGCCCUCACGUAUUGAACCAUUUCAGGACGAGCAUGUCGAGGCAGUCCAGCCUUUGAAGCCUACCAUGUACCUUCUCGAACAAUUUCCCUCAGAAGCCAUUCGACACUGUCAGAGCCUGUUCAGGACGGUGCUCCCUGAAGACCCCGAGAUCGCCAGUUGGCAGCAAAAGGCAGAUGCCAUUCUUGUGCGAGAGAAGACGAUAUCCGCUGCCGACAUCCAGGGCGCGCAGAGACUACGGGCCAUUGGCAAGCAAGGCACCGGCAUCGACAUCAUAGACCAAGCAGCCUGCAAGAAGCGCGGGAUCCCCAUCUUGAACACUCCCGGUGUCAACGCACAGUCCGUGGCAGAGCUCGUCCUCAGUCUCACCAUGGGGGUUGCACGCGAGCUUCGUACCAUAUCCGUCAAGCAGGCGUCGGGCGCCGAGGUUCGCAAGGAGCAUUGUUGCGGCCAGACACUCAUCAACAAGACGAUAGGGAUCGUAGGGAUGGGCAACAUUGGUACUGCUGUUGCGCGCAUGUUCCGUGGCGCCUUCAACGCCCAUGUAUACGCUUGUGAUCCCUUUGCGCCGGCCGAUGCUUGGGCUGAUAUCCCGCACACCCGGGUCAAGUCGUGGGAAGAAAUGUUGGCGCAUGUGGAUGUGUUGACGGUUCAUGUCCCGCUGAACGACGAGACACGCGGGAUGAUCGGCCGGGCCCAACUGGGCCACAUGCGGGCUGGUUCCAUCCUCAUCAAUGUUGCGCGUGGAGGCAUUGUCGACGAGGAUGCGCUGACGGAGGCUUUGGAGCAAGGUCACAUCUUUGGUGCGGGGCUCGACUGCCAUGAAGAAGAACCGCCAACGCUGAGCAGAUAUGAGCGUCUGUGGGCCACGGGACGCGUGAUAAGCACGCCUCACAUUGGCGCGACUACGGCGGAAACACAAGUGCAGACGGCGACGUGUGCCAUAAAUAAUGUGCACAAACACCUAAGCAUCUGUUAG